UAGAGGCCGCCCGCGGCGGCGCAGGAGUCGCUGCUCGCUGGUUCCCGGUCUAUGGAGUCAGUUGAUGCUGGCGGCAGCGCGGAGGCAGGAGGCAGUGAACGAGUAGGGGCCUUCGCCCCGCCAGGAUGUUACCGGGCUUGGCCGCCGCCGCUGCGGCCCACAGAUGUAGCUGGUCCUCCCUGUGCCGGCUCCGUCUGCGCUGCAGGGCGGCGGCCCGUGGCUCCAGCGAGCGCCAGGAAUGGCAGAAUUUAGUGAGACUUGGAAGCUUUUCAAACAUGAUUCCCUGUGGUCACUCAUACUUUUGUACACUGAGUCAAGUAAAGCUGUACUCUACAAAUGUUCAGAAAGAAGGGCAGGAAUCAGAAACUCUCAGAGUGGAAAAAGUACCGUCGUUUGGUGAAGCAGCAGAAAAUAUAGGUGAAGAACUCAAAGCUCCACUGAUUAAGCAAGACCCUCUCCAAGUAAGAGUCAAAGCAGUCCUUAAGAAGAGGGAGUAUGGACCAAAGUACACUCAGAAUAAUUUCAUCACCGGAGUCAGAGCAAUAAAUGAGUUCUGCCUUAAAGCCAGUGAUCUGGAACAACUUCGAAAAAUCAGACAACGAAGUCCUCACGAGGAUACUGAGUCCUUUACCGUGUACUUGAGGUCCGAUGUGGAGGCAAAAUCUUUGGAAGUUUGGGGAAGCCGUGAAGCUCUUGCCAGAGAGAAAAAACUGCGUAAGGAAGCAGAAAUAGAAUACAGAGAAAGGCUAUUUAGAAACCAAAAAAUAUUAAAAGAAUAUAGAGACUUCCUGGGAAACACCAAGCCACGUUCCAGAUUGUCAUCGGUUUUUCUUAAGGGUCCAGGAAAAGUGGUGAUGGUUGCCAUUUGUAUCAAUGGAUUAAAUUGCUUCUUUAAAUUUCUUGCAUGGAUUUAUACGGGUUCAGCAAGUAUGUUCUCUGAAGCUAUACAUUCUUUGUCUGAUACUUGUAAUCAGGGUUUACUAGCAUUGGGCAUCAGUAAGUCUGUUCAGACACCAGAUCCUACUCAUCCGUAUGGAUUUUCAAACAUGCGCUAUAUUGCUUCACUAAUUAGUGGUGUUGGUAUUUUCAUGAUGGGUGCAGGAUUAUCUUGGUACCAUGGAAUUAUGGGAUUGCUUAAUCCUCAACCAAUGGAAUCCCUCCUCUGGGCAUAUUGUAUUUUAGCAGGAUCAUUGGUAUCUGAAGGAGCAACGCUUCUUGUUGCUGUGAACGAACUUCGUAGGAGUGCUCGGGCAAAAGGAAUGUCAUUUUACAAGUAUGUAAUACAAAGCCGUGACCCUAGCACAAAUGUUAUAUUAUUGGAGGAUACUGCAGCAGUCUUGGGAGUGACAAUAGCAGCCACUUGCAUGGGCCUUACUUCUGUAACAGGCAACCCACUGUAUGACAGCCUGGGUUCUUUGGGUGUGGGCACCUUAUUGGGUGUGGUCUCGGCAUUCCUCAUCUACACUAACACGGAAGCGCUGCUAGGCCGAUCCAUCCAGCCAGACCAAGUGCAGCGGCUUACUGAACUCCUGGAGAACGACCCAUCAGUAAGGGCAAUUCAUGAUGUUAAAGCCACAGAUUUGGGAUUAGGUAAAGUAAGAUUUAAGGCAGAAGUAGAUUUUGAUGGACGGGUUGUUACAAGAUCCUAUUUGGAAAAACAAGAUAUUGACCAGAUGUUACAGGAAAUUCAAGAAGUGAAAACUCCUGAAGAACUAGAGACCUUUAUGCUUAAACAUGGAGAAAAUAUUAUUGAUACUUUAGGAGCUGAAGUAGAUAGACUUGAGAAAGAACUAAAAAAACGAAAUCCUGAAGUUCGACAUGUUGAUUUGGAGAUACUAUAGAUCUGAUGGAAUGAAUCACUUCGGAACAAGCCUUGGAAACAAGUUUGUUGAGCCGCCUCUCCCACACUGAAGGCGUCAGUGCUGUUCAGAAGCCUUUUUUUUUUUUUAAGAUGAAGGACAAUUCAACAAUCCACAGAACUAAAACACUGCACAUUGAAUCAGUUUGGAAAUCAUGUUUUUAUGGUUUAGUAGGAGACGUUUUCAUUACCUUAAAUUGAUUAUAACUUCUCAUUGUGGCCUGUCAGAGUGUAUUGUACCUUGCAAUCAUGUUUCCUUCAUUCACAUUCGUAAAAAUAAGCAACAUCCAUAGAAUUAUGAUUUUUAAUUUUGUUUCCAUGGAAGAUUCCACUCCAACAAAACCUGCCAAUCUUGUACCUGCUGGCUAAAUCUUGGUUUGUGGUUUUUAAAUAGUCACUCCGUUUCAGUCUGUCUGUCUUUAUAAAAUGUGGAAAUUAUUUCUUCAUACCUUGUAAUUUUGCCCUGAGCGCUAAGAGGAGCAGUUUCCUAACCUGGUUAUCCGUAAAUGUUCAUUCCAGAAUUGGCUUAGUUACUGAACGGAAGGCAUUUCAAUACACUCUUUAAGGUCAUAGUAGUUGCCAUUUUGUAAAUUUUCUUACCUUUCAUUUGCUUGUUUUCUUUUUUGGUUUAAUUUUUCUAAUGGUAAAAUAACCCUCGGUUUUCUAUGGGCCAGUGUAAUGACUGGUUUCUUGUGCUGUUUUUUUUUUAACUGACUUCAGUGCCAUCGUAUGUAUUUAGUAGUACAUAAUGCAUCUAUAAGUAUUUUGACAUUCUGUAAAAUGGACUAGAAAUAUUUAUAAUUUUAUAGACGGGGCAGCAUUUUAUUUUUAAUUUAUUUAAAAAGAGGCACUACUUCUGUAAAUCUGAACUGUGGGAUAUUUCUUGCUUUAAGAGGAAGAUAGAAAGGCAAAUCUCUUAUGCAGAAACUUGUGGCCGUGAUUGUGUCUAGUAUCAUAGUAGUGUGUCUGUUACAUGAGUUCUUUUGCAGUUUCACAUGGGCAUGUAGCAUAAUAUAGGGCUAUAAUAGUAUGUAAGUAGCUUUCUGAUGAUCCUAAAGUAUCAAGGUAAAAAAACCAAAAUUCAGUAAUUGAAAAUUUAGUGCAAAAGUACAGCUCUGUCUCCAUGCAUCAGAACAACUCAUAUGCACUUUAAGACGGUCAGGCGGCACCGAGCAGUCCAUGCGAGGGCGGGGGGCGGAGUGGUCUCUGCUGGGAGAGUGGGUGCUGACGCGCGGGCCUGUAUGAGGUCGGUGUCUCAAGCUUUACUCGGAUUAAAGUUUAUGGAUUGCGGCAAAUUAUAAUGCUGGAGACAAUUAAAAAAAAAUCUGAUUUAGGGGGUUUUGAUCCAGAAAUGUCAUUUGUGAAAAUUUACAUUGUGAUACAUUUUUUUUUUUUUACCAUUACAGAGCAUUUUGCAUGCUGUACAUUUUAAGUGAAAUAACAUUCCAAUUUUAUUUUUUAAGAUAUAUAAAUUAUUUUAUAUGUACACAUACACACACACAGUUUGAUUCUCUGUUCUUAUGGUUUCAGAUUCGUCACCCCUACUUUUUUCUAAAACUGUUUUUUACCCAUUAUAAUUCACUCUGCACUUCAUGUUCUUCCUCCUUCCCCUUUCCCACCUGCCAUUUGUUAUUCCAUGGCAAUGCCUUAUGGGGAAAGGUUACCAAAUUAUAUCCAAUCCCCUCCUAGCAAAAUUACUGUGAAAAUUUUCACAUUGCUUGACAAGAAUAAUUUAUUUAAAAACAUCUCAAAGUCGAUAUAUAGAAAUUAUUCCAAAUGGUAGUUUUUUUAGGACUUCCAAAAGGAGGCCAGUUCCUGAUACUUCUAAGUUUUAAAUCUGAUUUGAUUGAGGUCAUACCUAUUCUUAAAUAAUAAUUGAAGGCUUAUGUUUCUUAUUUUCAGUGCUCUUCUGCACUGAUGUUUUGCAGAUUGCUUAAGCAAAAUUUGAUAUGAAGAAGUACAGCAUAUCAAGCAAGUUGAAUAUUUUUAUGGAAUCAGAAAGUGUAUGACAUCUCUGGACCUUUUUUCCUUUUUAACUAGUCAAAUUUGGAUUUGAAAACCAGGGAAUUUGGACCGCUCUCUCUUAAAAUAAGAUAAUAUUCAGGUUUCUUGUUUUUUUUUUUCAAAUUAGUAGUUCUUACUUUAAGUCUUUUCCGGAUCCAUAUCAUCUGAAUGUUUAAACAUAGAAGUCUCAGUAUUUUCCAGGAAGAUAGCUUCUGUAGUAGGAUAAUUGCAAAAAUAACGUUGGGCAGAGAAGAGGGCCUUCAAGGGCCUGGGACCCUUCUUUGUACUAAGCUGAAAUCUGGGAACUAUCAGAGGUGAAGUACACUCAUUUUCAGCUUUGGCUGGGAAUGCAUUUCUAAUCAGGUCCCACACUAGGGUGUGGUGGCACGUCGUUUAGACCGUGGCAGAGGGAGGAUGAGGGGUGGAGACCGAUUUUUAAGUGGACCAUGUUGGUGGCCAAUCGUAUCUACUUCCCAGGAGGAGGAUUGCUGAACAUACAGAGGAAACUGAGCUAGGAUCAGACUGAAGUUUUUCCUCCAAAAAAGUUAAUCUCUGCAUAUAUCAUCCCCGCCCCCCCACACCAAAUAACCCAGAAUAAGAAAAUAGCAUAAGACUUGAAUUGGCGGUAUAUGAUUUUAGUGCAACCUUAAUUAGACUACAGUUUGGAUAAUGCUUUUUGCUAAAAUUGUACCAUCUAAAGGAAAUGGCUGAAAUCUUAUAUCUGAUAACUUUUUGGGGUAGAAUGCUAGGAGCUACAGAAAAUUGCACAGGCAUUUGGGAUUUAUACUAUUUUUCUCAGAUUGUAUUUGUCAAGCUUUGGCAUUUUUAAAAAAUGUGAUGACCCCCAAUUUGCCAAACUGUCGGAAGUCAAUGAAGCAAAGAAUUGAAGGUAAAAUGUUGAUUCAAAGAUUGUCUCUCCUUAAUCCUUCAUCCCUGUCUCUGAAAUGGAACUUUGGAAGGUAUUUAUGUAGAAAAUUGGUCUUGAAGCCUUUAUAUUUGCAUUUAAAAGUUUCCUAGCAUUCCUAGACUUGGUUUUAUGGAAAAAGAAGAGUUUUGUUUCUGUUACAUUGUAUUUCAGUUGUCUGAUUUCACUGGCGGAUUAAGGCGGUCCUGGUCCCUCAGGAUGCUCUUUCCUUAAUAAAUGUUUUAUGUAAAU